AUGAAAGACUCAAGAGAUGGAGCCCUGAGAGGCUUGAGGGGAGGAGGAGCCCUGAGAGACUCGAGAGGGGAAGCCCUGAGAGGCUUGAGAGGGGGAGGAGCCCUGAGAGACUCGAGAGGCGAAGCCGUGAGAGGCUCGAGGGGUGGAGCCAUGAAAGACUCGAGGGACGGAGCCCUGAGAGGCUCGAGGGGAGGAGGAGCCCUGAGAGACUCGAGAGACGAAGCCGUGAGAGGCUUAAGGGGUGGAGCCAUGAAAGACUUGAGGGACGGAGCCCUGAGAGGCUCGAGGGGUGGAGCCAUGAAAGACUCGAGGGACGGAGCCCUGAGAGGCUCGAGGGGAGGAGGAGCCCUGAAAGACUCGAGAGGGGAAGCCCUGAGAGGCUUGAGGGGGGGAGGAGCCCUGAAAGACUCGAGAGGAGAAGCCCUGAGAAGCUCGAGAGGAGGAGCCCUGGGAGGCUUGGGAGGAGGAGCCUUAGGAGGCUCGAGAGGAAGAGCCCUGAGAGGCUUGAGAGGAGCCCUGGGAGGCUUGGGAGGAGGAGCCUUGGGAGACUCGAGAGGCGGAGGCCGCGAGGGCUCUGAGGGGCGAGCAGAGGCUGGCAGAGCCGUGGAAGACUCUGAGGGCGGAGCAGAGGCUGGCAGAGCCAUGGAAGAUUCUGGGGGCGAAGCAGAACCCGGCAGAGCCGUGGAAGACUCUGGGGGCGGAGCAGAACCCAGCAGAGCCGUGGAAGACUCUGGGGGCGGAGCAGAGGUCGGCAGAGCCGUGGAAGACUCUGGGGGCGGAGCAGAGGUCGGCAGAGCCGUGGAAGACUCUGGGGGCGGAGCAGAGGUCGGCAGAGCCGUGGAAGACUCUGGGGCCGGAGCAGAGGUCGGCAGAGCCGUGGAAGACUCUGAGGGAACCUCUGCGGUCUUGAGCACAAGACGAGACUGGGGAGAAGGGGCCCUCUUCCUUUUCUUGCGUCCUCGGCCAACAGGGGACGGUCGAGGCUACAGGCGCUGGCUCGCCGACCGUGGCGGGCAUGGGUGCUGGCUCGUUGGCCGUGGCGGGCAUGGGCGCUGGCUCGUUGGCCGUGGCGGGCAUGGGCGCUGGCUCGUUGGCCGUGGCGGGCAUGGGCGCUGGCUCGUUGGCCGUGGCGGGCAUAGGCGCUGGCCCUCUGGCCGUGGCGGGCAUGGGCGUUGA